UUCUUCUUCUUCACCAUCCAUUCUUUGCUCUGCAUUUUCAUUUCCAUUUUCAAUUUUUUUCUUGUCUCAGUUUCUGUUGUGGGAAUAUGAUUUCUCCAAGGGGUGUUUCAUCCAUUAUUAAUAAGCACCAGUACUUAAGCGCCCCCAGAUUGCCCCAACAGCAAGUGAAACUUCCCUCUCGGCUUCUCUUUCUUUUAUGUAAAUUCCAAGAACAGCGACAGAUAAGGCCUUGAGAUCUGCAAAGUCUACUUCACACUACUCACUGAUGGCUGAUUCUGAACAUUCUUCUUCUGAUGACACUUACGUGGACUCUAGAGAAGAGACAAGCGAAGAAUCAAAGCUAGAGUUCUCUGAAGAUGAGGAGACCCUUAUAAUUAGAAUGUAUAAUCUGGUUGGAGAAAGGUGGUCUCUGAUUGCUGGCAGAAUCCCAGGAAGGACGGCUGAGGAAAUUGAGAAGUACUGGAAUUCUAGAUACUCAACAAGCCAAUGAAAGUACUAAAUCAAGAUGACUGUCUUAUUUAGAGUGACAUGAAUGCUUGGCUCAGAAAAUUUUCUCUAAGAUAUGAAGAUUUUCUCACUCUGGGUUCUGUACUUAAGACCCAUUGAAGUUCUGGGCCAUUUCAUAUGAUCUUUAGGAAUGGAGUUUCUCCCCCUCUUUUGGUCGGUUGAUCUUUGUUUGGUGAUCAUGGUUGGGGUAAAGCCAUUGGUUUUUUUUCAAGGUUCAAUGUAUUUGCAAGUGUAGGACCUAAAAUUCUUGAUGUAUAUUGUUCCCUCUAGUUACGGUGUACAAAUGCGUCUGCCUUUAGUGUUGUCCCUGAUGAUUAUGACAUUGUUACUCCCUUUUUUACCACUAAUGUGUGCCUAAAGUAAGGUGUGCCUUAAAGUUUGAGAAUAUACCGUAAGAAUUUAUCAAA